AUGGAUCCAUUGAUAGCCUCAAGGCUCAUCUUGUGGUCAAAGGCUAUACUCAGGUGGCCCCUUCGCCAACUUGACGUGAAGAAUGCAUUUCCCAAUGGCACUCUCACUGAAAAUGUCUAUUUGGAACAACCUUCUGGGUUCAUUGAUCCUUAUGCAAAUACCUAUCUCUUUAUCUUCCAUCAGCAGUCUGAUACUAUCUAUAUGUUCUUAUACAUUGAUGAUAUUAUCAUUACUGGCAACAACUCUUCUCUUCUUGAUAGCUUCGCUCGCAAGCUUAAUUCUGAGUUUGCCACCAAGGAUUUGGGGUCUCUCAGCUAUUUUCUUGGUUUGGAAGCUACUUACACUAUUGAUGGUCUUUUCAUCAGUCAGCUGAUAUAUGCCCAGGAUAUUCUGACUCGAGCACAGUUACUUGACAGCAAGCCUGUUCACACUCCUAUGGUCGUCUCUCAGCAUCUGACUGGCGAUGGUCUUGCCUUUUUGGACCCCACUCUCUACAGAUCUCUAGUCGGUGCCCUUCAGUACUUAACCAUCACUCGCCCUGACAUUGUUCAUGCUAUUAACUCUGUCAGUCAGUUUCUGCAUGCCCCUACUACAUAUCACUUUCUAGCUGUCAAGGGCAUCUUACGUUAUGUCAAGGGCACACUUCACUUUGGUCUUACUUUUCGCCCUUCUGCUGCCUUUGGUGCCCUCGUUGCUUACUCCAACGCUGACUGGACUGAUUGUCCCGACACUCGCCGUUCCACCUCUGGCUACUCUAUUUAUCUUGGCGAUAAUUUGGUUUCUUUGUGUGCUAAGAAGCAACCCACUCUUUCCAAUUCUAGCAGUGAAUUUGAGUAUCGCGCUCUUGCAACUACUGCCACUGAACUUCUUUGGCUUACCCAUCUACUUCAUGAUCUCAAGGUUCCCAUUUCACCGAUGCCUAUUCUCUUAUGUAACAACAAAAAUGCGAUCUUCUUAAGCUCCAAUCAUGUUUCCCACAAACGGGCCAAACAUAUUGAAUUAGAUUAUCAUUUUCUUCGAGAACUUGUUGUUGCUGGUAAACUUCACACUCAAUAUGUGCCCUCUCAUCUACAGGUUGCCGACCUCUUCACCAAAAGUGUUUCUCGAUCCCUCUUUGAAUUUUUUCGUACCAAGCUUCAUGUCCGUUCAAAUCCGACGCUAAACUUGCGGGGGAGUGUCAAGGAUACGUUACCAACAUAA